AUGGAUAAAAUAAUUGCAACCGCUAGCGGCCUUAUGGAUAGACCAGGCUUCAACUGGAAAGCUUGCAUUAUCGGGCUAUCAACGGCGAACUUUCUCUUUGAAUCUUAUGUUGAUUGGAGACAAAUUCAUGCUGUUACCAAAAAUGGUGCCAAAGUUCCAAAGGAAUUGGAGGGCAAGAUUGAUUCGGAGACGGUUGUGAAAUCAAGCAGGUAUUCAGUUAGCAAAUUAAAAUUUAGCCUAGUUUCCGGCCUCUUCAACUUGGUUGAAAACCUUUUCAUUUACAAAUUUGAUUUCUUGCCUAAAUUGUGGACUUGCACCGGGCAUUUUGUUACUUCCCUUCUCGGAAAGCAUCUACUUCCAUCAUGCAUGUCUGGAAUGAUUACCCACUCAUUAUUCUUUACCGGUGCAAUUAGCGUUGUUUCUACCUUCAUAAGUCUCCCAUUUAAUUAUUAUAAGAACUUUGUUUUGGAGGAAGCUUACGGCUUCAACAAAUUGACUGUAAAGCUAUGGGUCUCCGACUUAUUUAAGCAAACUGCCCUUGGCUUUGCCAUUGGAGGACCGAUUCUUGCUGCUUUUCUCAAGAUUAUUGAUCAUUUUGGCGAUAAAUUCAUGUACUAUCUUUCUGCAUUCAUGGGAGUGGUCCAAAUUGUCAUGCUAGUGAUCUACCCUAAGUUCAUUCAACCAUUAUUCAACAAGUUGAGUCCUAUGGAGGAUGGUGAUAUGAAAGUUGCUAUUGAAAAACUUGCCCAAAGGAAUAAAUUCCCAUUGGACAAAUUGUACGUUAUUGAUGGCUCAAAAAGAUCAUCACAUUCAAAUGCAUACUUCAUGGGUUUACCAUGGGGAUCAAAACAGAUUGUUUUAUUCGACACUUUGAUUGAGAAGAGUACUGUCACCGAAGUUGUUGCAGUUUUGGGCCAUGAAAUUGGACACUGGGCAUUGUCUCACACCACAAAGUUGUUAUUAAUUAACCAGGCUCAUAUGUUUGCUAUGUUCACCUUCUUUGCUGCAUUUGUUAAGAAUAAUUCCCUCUAUAAGAGUUUUGGUUUUUAUAAUGAACAACCAAUUAUUGUUGGAUUUAUGCUUUUCGGCGACAUCUUUGGUCCUCUAGAUUCAGUGUUGGCAUUUGCUAUUAGUUUGCUAUCUAGAACUUACGAAUACCAGGCUGAUGAAUAUUCUACAAGACAGGGAUACGGCGAGGAACUUAAGAAGUCCUUAAUUUCAUUGCACAAGGAAAACUUAAGCUCUCUUGUUGUUGACUGGUUAUACUCUGCUUACAACUAUGAUCACCCACAUCUUGUGGAAAGAUUGAGGCACAUUGAUGAAAUCGAAGAUGAAAUUUCAAGUGAGAAGAAAGACUGA